UUGCGCAAGUUGAGCCUCAACUUGCAAUGACAGAGAAAGUACUCUCUCUUCUCAUCUCAGCCCAUCCGCGUAAGCUGUUUCGAUAAAGAUCUCACACACAGAGGAAACAAUUCCCAGCAUAUAUCUCUGCCUCUCCAUAUUCAUUUUCAUCUCACAAACAAAUAUAUAUAUAUAUAUAUAUUUACAUUAUAUGUUUAUGCAUAUAUAUACAUGCAUAUAUAUCAACUUCUCAUGAAGCUUUUCUUUUGAUCAAGUAGAGAGAAAAGAGAGAGUAGAGAAGAAAAACCAAAACCAAACCAAACACAAGAGUUGCAAAAAAUAUGCCUUCUUCACUACAAAUCCAGCGAAUAAAUCCAUCUAAGCCGCCAGGCGGGGCCGCGGCCACGGCCUGUGCCACCGCGGGCUUUAUCCACAAGAAGCCACAGCUGGCAGCUGAUCUGCUGGUGGCUUUGCCGGAGACAUUAGCCCGGUACCAUACCCAAGAAGUGGGCCCUGAUCAGUGCUGCUCGGUGCUCGUGCAGGCGAUCGCGGCCCCGGUGUCGAUCGUAUGGUCUGUGGUCCGCCGCUUCGACAACCCGCAGGCCUACAAGCACUUCCUCAAGAGCUGCCAUGUCAUAGACGGGGACGGCCUGGUUGGGUCCCUGAGGGAGGUCCAUGUGGUAUCGGGUCUCCCCGCGUCGUCCAGCAUGGAGCGCCUUGAGAUACUUGACGACGAGCACCAUGUCAUCAGCUUCAGCAUCGUGGGCGGGGAGCACCGCCUAUCGAACUACCGGUCCGUCACCACCCUCCACCCUGCCCCAGCCAGCGGAAACGAGGCCGUCAGGACCGUGGUUGUGGAGUCCUACGUUGUUGAUGUCCCUCCCGGGAACACCAAGGAUGACACAUGCUUUUUUCUCGACACGAUCGUCAGAUGCAACCUGCAGUCGCUUGCGCGGAUCUCCCAGAAGCUGGCUGCUAAGAGUAAUGAACAACAUUAGCAAGAAUUAAUCUUCCUCACUAGAUCCCAUAUCCCAUAUUUGUCUAAUGAUGUCUCAUUGUAUCACAUGUGUCGAAAAUGGAGAUUGCCGAGUCCCGUUUUUGGUUUUCGAUGUGGUUAGCUAAGGUCUGCAAGAAACCGGCAUUGGAAAUUUCGAUAUCGUCAAUCGAUCAGUUGCUUCCUAGAGCACAUCUCUUAGGAUUGAACAUGGUAGGACGUGAUAGAAAGGAAUAUUAUUGUUGUAACUUGUGAGUUUAGUGUUUCAAUUAAUUUGUUAAUUGCCCUAAUUUGCGGAGCAUGUUUGAAGAGGAAAAUAGCAAUUUCUUAUCUCUCUCUUAUCGAGCU